AUGGCUGGGCAAUCGAACCAUGAACUUUCACUAUUUUCAGCAGAGGAGCUUGAAUUCAUUGCUGAGGAUGAGAUAAUCGACAUCGUUCCUAAUCUCAAAAUGGAUCCUCUCUGCCUAGUUUCUGGAGAUUUUGGUCCAUUUACGCCACAGAUUGUUACUCAAGUACCACUUUGGUUGGCAAUUGCUCUCAGGAGGAGAGGCAAGUGCUCCAUUGUCCCUCCCCAAUGGAUGUCUGUCGAGAAGUUGACACAAGUGUUGGAAGAAGAACGAGACUCUCAAGAGAUGUCAGAGCAUUUGCCAUUUCAUUACGUAGAAAUUUCAAGACUUCUUUUUGACCAUGCACGUGACAACAUUCCUGAUGCAUACAUGCUUAUUUCUCCUGUGAAGGUGAGGUCUUUAAUUGAGGACAUCAGAGAUGUAAGGUUUCAUAAAGUUGAAACUGACUUGGAAGGAUUCAAUGGUUUUACAAUAGCCGUGAAGGUAAUUUCUUCAAUGUUUUUGGCGGUACAGUGGUUUGUGAAAGUCUGGAAUGUAGCUCCAAUGUGA